CCUCCCUCGGGCCGCGUCGGAGCCCAUGUUUCCGCCCAGCCUCCCCCAGCCGUGCCCCCGUCGGCGCCCCCGUGCCCUGCCAGCGAGGCCCGAGCGCUGAGAGACGAUGGAGAGCCCCGUGAGAAUCGAGAACCUCCCCUACGAGGUCCUGGAGAGGAUCCUGAGCGCCGUCAGCGUCAGCGCCGAGGACGUGAUCAGCUGCUCCACGACCUGCAAGUACCUGAACGGCGUCUGCCAGAGGAACUCGCUGUGGAAGGUGAAGUUCCGGCAGCACUAUGCCCACACGUACUCCUUCAGCGAGUCGAGCGCGAGGGAGAAGGUGGACUGGAGGGCGAGGUUCACGGCGACCUACAGGUGCAGGAGGAGGCUGGUGCAGUGCGUGUUCGCCCUGUCCAGGACCUUCGUGUGGUCCAUGUACCACGACUACGAGUGGCCCGACAUCCCGAGGCGCGCCCUGGCCCUGUACGAGACCCUGUUCCAGGAGGAGCUGGGGGAGGCCAACAUGUUCUACAUCCUAGACGAGUGCCACAACAUCCUCUCCUCCGACUCGGAGAGCAUGGACCUCACGCUCAAGUACUACGCGGAGAAGGUCUACAAUCACAUCUACGACAAGUGCGUCAUAAGCACGAGGUGGAGGGACUUCACGCAGCUGCCCCAGGAGUGCCUGAAAUACAGUUACGAGCAGGGGCUGCUGUGGGUCGUGGUCAGCUUGCAGACGAAACCCGCCGUCUGCAACGUGAAGCUGGUCGGCCUGCACCUCGACACCUUGGCAAAAGAGACGUUAGUGUACAUUAAGACUAAGUACCCCGAGCACCCCAUCUGUGAAAAGACGCUGAGUAAGCUCGACUAUUCCAGAGAGACCACGAGCGUGUGGAAGGGGGAGCACUGCAGCCAGAUCAUGCAGGCCGUGCAUCAUGUGAUCAGACACAUAUCGAACUUCAGAAUAAAUAACAGUUUGUGCGAGAGUGGGCCUGACCAUUACUGCAUUGACAGAGUGUUGGUGAAUAAGAAAGGGAGUUCAAAAUUGAUUCUAGUGAUCGAGUCUUGUGUAGCUAACAGAUUAGGAGUGCACACUGAAGUGCACAAAAGCAGCUCGGGUCAUGUGCUGGACACGUGGAAGCUUUACUAUGUUGGGCAAGAUGGAACUAGUGGCUAUGCAACAGCGUGUGCACUUUGUAGAGAAGAUGCCACUGCACUGAGUAUAGUUCAUGAGGACUGGCAGGAAGGACAGACAGUCGAUGCCCCGGGCAUGUGCAAGGCAAUAAUCCAGCAGAUUGUGUUCUUGGCAGAGUGCUGGUUAAAAAGUGACAGAUGGCAGGCCGGAGAACCUGCUCUUUAUGACCUUCUCGAUGAAGAAACAUAUCACCAACCAAUCCGUCUGCUGUUCACUGCCUGGCAGCAUGUAGAACACUGGAAAAUGAGUAAGUUGUACCACUAUAUGCACCAGCACUUAAGAGUAGCAGAAACACGCCAGACGUUGGGCAAACUUCUACACCUCAGUAUCCUGCUGAGAAUAAAUUCAAAAUUAACGCUAGAAAAGUUGCUGAAUUUUCGUAGGAGAAUGGGCCAGCCUCCAAACACGAUGAGAGACUUGUUGCGCAUGUUAGCCAGUGUUGACAAGAGAGCAAGGACGCGAGAGGAAUAA